GAGUGACUCAAGAUUGUGUGCGGUUUAGUUGACAACAAUUUUUUACCCCUUCCCGUUUUCCUUUCUGGGUUGUGCAACCAAUCAGCGCUGAGCAGGGCGGUUCAGCAGCCAAUCACAGCUCUCAAUUCGACGUGAGGAGGCAAAGUCCAUAUUGUGAGCUUCCUGCUUGGAAUUGGACUAGAUUGCAAAAUCAGCCAACAAGACAAAAAGCCAUGACUCAGUUGCCUCGGGGUGAUGUUGGUGGGCGGCUCCAUCCGUACACGACUGCGAAGGAGCUGAGCGGCGUGUGGCAACGAGUCAAGCGGGGCUCUUGGUGCGUGCUUUCCCGCAUUAUUAUGGCGGCGUGAGUGUGCAACAUCCUCCCAGCGCCAUGGCCGCAUUCCUCGCGGCGACGACGAUGAUGAUGAAAGCGAUGGCGGCAUCCGGGCAGGAGGACGCCUCCGCCGCGUUGGAGGACCUUGCCACGGAGAAGGAAGCCGAGGAGAGCCACCGGCAGGACAGCGUCAAUCUGCUGACCUUCAUCCUGCUGCUCACCCUCACCAUCCUCACGAUAUGGCUCUUCAAGCACCGGCGCGUACGCUUCCUGCACGAAACCGGCCUGGCGAUGAUUUACGGCCUGCUGGUGGGCGUCAUCCUGCGUUACGGCAUCCCCGCCACCAGCUACCACAACAAGAGCCCCCCCAGCUGUGCGCUGACCAAAGGGCCCGCCAGCAGCAGUCUACUGCUCAACAUCAGCGGCAAGUUCUUUGAGUACACCCUCAAAGGCGAGAUCGAUUCCCGUGACAUUCACAACGUGGAGCAGAACGACAUGCUGCGCAAGGUUACCUUCGACCCGGAAGUCUUCUUCAACAUUUUGCUCCCUCCCAUCAUUUUCCACGCCGGCUACAGCCUGAAGAAGAAACAUUUCUUCAGGAAUCUGGGCUCCAUUCUCACCUACGCAUUCCUAGGCACGGCUGUAUCGUGUUUCGUGAUCGGGAAUUUGAUGUACGGCGUGGUCAAACUGAUGCAAGUGGUCGGCCAGCUGAGCGACAAGUUCUACUACACUGACUGUCUUUUCUUCGGGGCCAUCAUCUCAGCCACCGACCCAGUGACAGUGUUGGCCAUCUUCAACGAGCUGCACGCGGAUGGCGACCUGUACGCUCUGCUGUUCGGCGAGAGCGUCAUGAACGAUGCCGUGGCCAUCGUGCUGUCCUCCUCCAUCAUGGCCUACCAGCCCCGAGGCGCCAACACGCACAUGUUCGACGCCUCGGCCUUCUUCAAGUCCGUUGGGGUUUUCCUGGGGAUUUUCAGCGGCUCCUUCAUGAUGGGUGCCGCCACGGGAGUGGUCACCGCUCUCGUGACCAAAUUUACCAAGCUGCACUGCUUCCCCCUGCUGGAGACGGCCCUCUUCUUCCUAAUGUCCUGGAGCACCUUCCUGUUGGCGGAGGCUUGCGGAUUCACAGGUGUGGUGUCUGUGCUUUUCUGCGGCAUCACUCAGGCACACUACACCUACAACAACCUCUCCGUGGAGUCCACCAAGCGUACAAAGCAGCUCUUCGAGGUCCUUCACUUCCUGGCUGAGAACUUUAUCUUCUCCUACAUGGGCUUGGCUCUGUUUACUUUCCAGAGCCACGUCUUCAGCCCCAUCUUCAUCACGGGUGCUUUUAUUGCCAUCUUCCUGGGACGAGCCUUAAACAUCUACCCGCUCUCCUUCCUGCUCAACCUGGGCCGCCGACACAAGAUUAAAGGAAACUUCCAGCACAUGAUGAUGUUUGCUGGACUGCGCGGGGCGAUGGCGUUCGCCUUGGCCAUCCGCGACACGGCGACCUACGCCCGACAGAUGAUCUUCACCACCACGCUGCUCAUCGUCUUCUUCACCGUGUGGGUCUUUGGAGGAGGCACCACGCCUAUGUUGUCUUGGCUUCACAUCAGGGUGGGAGUGGACCCAGAUCAAGACCCGCAACCUUGUAUAGACACCUUCCAGGUCCUACAAGGGGAUGUCCCCCAGGGUGAAGGACAGAACAAAACCAAACAGGAGAGCGCCUGGCUCUUCAGGAUGUGGUACACCUUUGAUCACAACUACUUGAAGCCCAUCCUGACGCACAGCGGCCCCCCGCUCGCUUCCACGCUCCCUGGCUACUGCGGACCCCUGGCCAGCUGCCUGACCAGCCCACGCGCCUAUGAGAACCAGGAGCAGCUGAGAGACCCGGACGGCGACGACGGCGACCUGUCCUUCACGUUCGGCGACGCGGCCAUCGCCACCAACGGGCUGUCGGGCGACGGCGGAACGACAGGGUGGAACGCCAACGGAAAACGCAGCGGCAGCACGUCCGAGGAAGCUCUGGAGCGCGAGCUGGACUCCCGAGAGCAGGAACUGCUGAGCCGAGGCACCCGCUUGGUUUUCCCCAUCGAGGAUCACAUCUGAUAAGCACUCGAUGUUCUUCCAAGAUAUGUUUUAUUUUUGUCAAAUUAGGCCAAAUAUGACUUUGAACAUUAAUAACGUUGACCACAUUGUCUUAAAAAAAGAGAAAAACUCAAGAUGAAGCAAUUAUCAACAUUUCCUCCGCCGAGGAACUUGUUGCCAUCAUCCCUGUUGGAUUUCUCUGGAAUGUGAGUAGACAUCGAUCGGCCCAUGAUUUGGCAACGAUUAUCAACUUCAAAAUAUCGGACUAUGGGGCAGGGAAUGCAUUGCCCCUCCAGACGUCUCUAUUAGCGCACCACCAGCUGACGUGAGAUAACGAAAAAAGCUUUGCCAUAAUGAAAAUUAGUCACAAUGACCAGCUUUGUUAGGUCUUAUGACUGUUAACAUUUACAGCUGUGUGUCUCCAGGCUUUUUGAGCCUUGGCGAAGGUCGAACAUCAAGGCUAAAAAAGCAUAAGGGCGCGGUUAUUUAUUUUUAAUUUUUUUUAGACUAUUGUAAUGAAUCCAAAAUAUCUGCAUGAAAUCCUGUUUGCUGGUUAAAUCCCCGCCCACAGACCCAAAAUUUUAGUUCAGCUUCUUUGCCACUUUAACAUCACCAGGCUUAUUAUUACUGACCAAUGAAGCAUUUAUUUUUUAUUAUUUUUUUUUUUAAAAAGGGCUGCAGGAAGCAGAUUUAUAAAAAGAAAAUUCCCCCAAUAAUCCCUUUGAAAACCCAAAUGUGGACAUUGGCCUAAAGGUUUAAUUAGUGAUCCCUCCCCUAAAUAAUCCUCAGUAAACAAUUUGAUCACAAAAGAGCAAGGAGUAUAACAUGGCUUGGCACUAAGAUGACUUUUUGUAGCAAAAGAGGAGGAAAAAGGGCCUCAACGUGAUGAAGAUGCAUGAGAGGCUUCCUGUUACGUAACGCCAUGCAGUUUGCGGCGGGGGGCUGCCGCCGCGCCACGCCACGUCACGUCAGGCUGUCACGCUUGCGCCGCAUGCAAAUAAUUGUCCUGAGCAGCAGCCAAGAGUGACCGCUGCUAGUCGAUGUUUCACUGUAACAGUCUUUUCAGGACAAAGUAGCACUGACAAAAGAAUAAACUCAUUUUUGGGACUCGA